AUGGAAUCGUUUUGCCUUAAACCGCCUGCAAUGAAUUUUCUCCGGAAGGCAGGGAAACAGGUAAUAGUGGAGUGUGAAGGACACAUCUAUUCCAUCCCGCAGCAAGACUUUCUUCGUGUGUCCCGAUUGGAUCCACAAACGUCCAAAACGUACGAAUUGCACAGAGAAUCAACCGUAGAACAUCUGGAAAACGGUGAGCGACCGGCUACUGAUACGCUUAGUGAGUUAAGUGAUUCGAACUUGUCUCACGAUCAUUGUGUCACGCCUGUUGCAACGACGAAUCUGACGAAACCGGAAGCAUCCAGUAGUGCGGCAAAGGUGCUAGCCGAGCUGAAGGAGGAAGUCACACGGCUGAUUGAUGAAUCGAUUCAGAAAAUAGAACUGGACUGGUUGCAGUGCACGAAGAAAGAUAAGGAUGCUGUUCGGGAGGAAAUAGUAGCAUCGGAGGCAAGGGUGGCGGAACCGGUUCGGUGCACAGAAGAUGCCUUAAAAAAUCUGCACCCAGACGGUGAUCGUGGCAUUCUGGCACAUAGGGGACAAAAUUUGCAAGUACUUAACACGGAACCGUUUAUCGCGUGUAAGCGACAAACGCGGAUCAAGCUGUUGAAUGAAAUCCGUGAUCUUGUGGAGCGAUUGAAGGACAUGGAAAAGCUGGAAGAAUAA